AUGCCAAACAUAGCUUUACCGACACGAUCACCACUUCUAUCACCCAGAAGAAGCUCUUCAGGUUUACCGGCAAAUUCACGUAGCAGAAGUAAUUCCAAUCAAUCACCAAUCGAUCGAAUCCCAUCAACAUCUUCUUCUUCCGGUUCACAAAGUUUCACAGAAGCUGCCAGACCUUCAUCAUCACGGCCAGUUUCUCUGGCUCAGUCUGCUAGACCUAUGGCACCACCACCACAACCGAUCGCCAAUGGACAAAGGCUGGCAGAUCAAUAUGUACUCUUGGAAAAGCUGGGGACAGGAAGUUUCGGAACGGUGUAUAGGGCCAUGCACAAAGAGACAAAACAAAUCGUCGCUAUCAAACAGAUUGAUUUGGAGGAUUCCGAUGAUGAUAUUAGCGAAAUUCAAAUGGAGAUCGCCCAUUUAGCGCAAUGUGACAGUGACUUUGUGACAAGGUACUAUGGCAGCUUUGUCAAAGGAUAUAAGCUUUGGAUCAUUAUGGAAUACUUGGCCGGAGGAUCUUGCUUGGAUUUAUUGAAAGCAGGUCCAUUCUCGGAAAGUCACAUUGCAAUCAUUUGUCGUGAAUUAUUGAUGGGUCUCGAUUACCUACAUUCAGAAGGCAAGAUUCAUCGUGAUAUCAAAGCGGCCAACGUUCUCUUAUCAGCUUCGGGAAGGGUAAAGCUUGCUGAUUUUGGUGUUGCUGCACAAUUGUCCAAUAACAAAUCUAGGCGGAACACAUUUGUUGGAACACCGUUUUGGAUGGCACCUGAAGUGAUCAGACAGGCAGGUUACGAUUUCAAGGCCGAUCUUUGGUCUUUGGGUAUCACUGCGAUUGAGAUGGCAAAGGGUGAACCUCCAUUGGCAGAAUAUCAUCCUAUGCGUGUGUUAUUCUUGAUCCCUAAAGCCAAAGCACCAACCCUAGAAGGCAACUUCUCAACAGCAUUCAAGGAUUUCGUCGAUCUUUGUUUGAUCAAAGACCCAAAGCACAGACCUACCACACGUGAACUACUUGGCCAUCGGUUCAUCAAAUACGCUCGCAAGACGUCCACACUGACGGAAUUGAUCGAACGUCAUACUGAAUGGCGCUCGCGAGGAGCAGAAAGAGGAGGCGCAAUCGUUCGUGAUCAUUUGAAACAGGCUACCGAUUUGACAAAUACGACGAUGAACGGAACAAUGAUGAGCGAUUGGCAAUUCGAUACAACAAGAUCACGUAUGUCUGUUGCUCUUGGACUACAGGGAGCCGGGAUUGAUGACGAAGAGGACAGUGAUGAUGAAGAGAUUGAUUUGAAUGCUGCUUGGCAAUCGAAGGGCAGAGGACCUCCAAAAGAUGGUGAAGAACGUGAAGGAUAUGGUACAGUUCGUCUUGAAGCUAGACCUGCGGGUGAAUUGAUGGGUGCAAUGGAGAGCAGGCAUAAUUCAGAUCUGGCCGCUACUAAUCAGAGCCCAUACGAGUCAAAUGAUGAUGGUGAAUCUUCACACGGUUCUUCUUCUGAUGUUUUGUCGUCAAGUGUGGAUGCUGAAAGUAGUACAACUGCUGCUACUUCCGCGAGCGGAAGUCGUGAACCGAAUGGAUCGGUACAUGUUCGCAACCUUCAAAAUACGUUGGGUGGCAAACCGGCUUCACUUGCACCUCCUCCUUCUCAAUCUUCUAUCAAAUUGGCAAACGGAAGUGAACGCAAAAAAGGCACACGUAGAAGUAGCUGGAAUGCGAGACAUGAUAUCAAUGGUACGAUUCUCAAAGCGGGUGAUGUAGCAAAUGGAAUGGAUACCAUUAGACCCGUGAAACGAUUUGAUCAAAACGGUUCUGCGCGUAUCAGUAAAGAUUUUAUUGGCUCGAUCUCCAAACAACCUGCUGAAGCGAUUGGCUUGGGUGUACAGAGUGAAGAUGGCCAUGAGAAUUUAUUCAACGAAUCUCACAAGCUCAAGCAUAGCGCCCCUAUGCGUCGAGGUAUAACGGAGGACAGCAGAGUUGACACAUUCCAAGACAGUGGUCAAGCAGGAAGGGCGAUGGUGAGAGAUGUGAUCUUACCUGCUUUGGAUCGAGCAAAAGAUGACGAUCUUGAAGCUUCUUCGAUCGAAGCACUCGAGAUGAUUUCAAAAGGAUUUGAUGAUCUCAGUAAAGCUAAUCCAAAAUUGGCUUACUCUACCAUUGUUGAUCUUUUGCUAAGCAUGAACGAUAAUGAUCAAGCCCGUGAUAAUCUCUCGAUGACUUUCCGUCAAAAAUUAUCACCGGAUUGGCGCUCCAAACGUGAAGAAGAAGAACGUGAAGAACAGGCGAACAAUGCCCAUCGAAGUCCGAUCGCUGAUCUAUUGUAUGGAAGAUGGAUGGAAGGUCUUCGAAGUCGUUGGAAUGUAUUGGCUUGAAUGGGAGCGACGAUGCACUGCAUACUACUCAAUUAUCAUCUUAUUAGGUAUACCCACUCUAUUUACAACAACAACAAAGGAAUAUUUGCUACAUUUGCAUGCUUUCUCAUAUCUUGCUCUUCCCCUCCCCCUCCCAUUUAUUUUUUCGCCUUCUCUGCUCGUGUCACUACUUUGUUUGCUACAUUAUGAACUUUUACUUUAUUUCCUUUACCCCCACCCCCACUUGUUAUUGCUCGUUGAGAUAUGCUUACCAAAU